AUGUCGGACCCUCACCGCGAUGUGUCGCAGUACAAGUACUCGGCCAUGUCCAACCUGGUCCUCCAGGCGGACCGCCGGUUUGUCACGCGACGAACCGACGAGGCCACGGGUGACCCCGAGUCUCUGGCCGGCCGGCUGAGCAUCAAGGACAUGGGCGGCCGCGUCGCUCGUGACGAGGCCCCGAAGCAGAAGAAGCAGCCCGGUCUGCCGAACAUCCAGAGGGGAAGCCUCCAAGAAGGCGAGGAUGUCCUGCUACGAGAACAGAGAAAGCGCAAGGCCGACGCCGCGCAGCAGAGAGCAGGCCUACUGGGCGCCAGCGACGCCCUGAUCGAGGGAAUCACCUAUCGGCCACGCACCCCGGCGACGCGAGCGACGUUCGACCUCAUCCUCACGCUCGUGGCGAGCAACUUGGGUGACGUACCCCACGACGUGGUCCGUAGCGCAGCGGAUGCAGUGCUCGAGUACCUCAAGGACGACGACAUGAAGGAUCUCGACAAGAAGAAGGAGAUCGACGACAUUCUGGGAGUGGCGCUCAGCUCGAAACAGUUCAAUGAGCUGGUCAACCUCGGCAAGAAGAUUACGGAUUACGAUGUGCAAGAUGACGAGGAUGUCGACAUGGGCGAGGCGGAAGCCGACGCCGAGAUCGACGAGCGCCAGGGUGUUGCCGUGACCUUCGAUGACGAGGAAGACGAUGACGCCAUCGUCAACGAAGUCCACGAUCAGUCAUCCGAGGACGAGGCUACCGACGAAGACGAGAACGAAGGUGCCGAUGGCGUAGACGUCGACGGUGCGGCUAGUGACAACGAGGCCGUCGACACCAGCGUGUCUCACUCGAAGAAGACGCACGAGGACACUCGAUCAAUACCGGCACGCGAUAUCGAUGCGUUCUGGCUGCAGCGGCAAAUAGGAGCCCUGUAUCCCGACGCGCACGAGCAGACCGACAAGACGAAGGCGGCGCUCCGGAUCUUGUCCGGCGAGCCAGACGAACCCGACGGCGAGGAGAAGACGCUUCGAGAAAUCGAAAACGACCUGAUGGAGCUCUUCGAUUUCGAGCACCACGAGCUCGUGCAGAAGCUUGUCGAGAACAGAGAGAAAGUGUUCUGGCUCACGAAGCUGGCUCGGGCUGAAAACGCCGAGGAUCGCGCCAAGGUCGAGAGAGAGAUCGCUUCUGAGGGUCUGCAAAGGUUGUUGCACGAGCUCCGAGGCGAGGCCACCGCGGACGGCGACAAGCGGAAGAUGAGCAUCAAGAUGGACAUUGACGUGCCUGCGUCCGCGGUCGCCGAGGAAGCCAAGCCUGAACGGCCGGAAGGGUACCUCGUCGGUGGCCUGCAGCCCAAGAAGGUCAUCAACCUGGAGAACCUGGUGUUUGACCAGGGCAACCACCUGAUGACGAACCCCAAAGUCAGGCUCCCAGAGGGGUCUACUAAGCGCACUUUCAAAGGCUACGAGGAGAUUCACGUCCCGCCGCCUAAGAAGCGAAACGAACCUGGCGACGUCCUGAUCCCCAUCACGGACAUGCCUGAGUGGGCUCGAACCCCCUUCAGCACCGCUCAGUCACUCAACAAGAUCCAGUCAAAGUGCUAUCCGUCAGCAUUCGAGGAUGACGGCAACAUGCUCAUUUGCGCACCCACUGGCAGUGGCAAGACCAACGUCGCGAUGCUCACCAUCCUGCGAGAACUGGGCAAGAACCGCAACCCAGAUACCGGCGAUAUUGAUCUCGACGCGUUCAAGAUUGUCUACAUCGCCCCUUUGAAGGCGCUGGUGCAAGAGCAAGUCGGGAACUUCGGCAAGCGACUGGAACCGUACGGUGUCCGCGUCUCGGAGCUUACGGGCGACCGUCAACUCACCAAGCAACAAAUUGCUGAGACGCAGAUCAUCGUGACGACACCCGAGAAGUGGGAUGUCAUCACCCGAAAGGCCAAUGAUCUGACAUAUACCAACCUCGUGCGGCUCGUCAUAAUCGAUGAAAUCCAUCUCCUGCACGACGACCGUGGACCAGUUCUGGAGAGCAUCGUCAGCAGGACGAUCCGCAAGACGGAGCAGACCGGCGAGCCGGUUCGUCUCGUCGGCCUGUCUGCUACGCUCCCCAACUACCGCGACGUGGCCAGCUUCCUGCGAGUGGACAUGAACAAGGGCCUGUUCCACUUUGACGGCUCAUUCCGACCCUGCCCGCUGCGCCAGGAGUUUGUUGGUGUGACGGACCGCAAGGCCAUCAAGCAGCUGAAGACGAUGAACGACGUCACGUACAACAAGGUGUUGGAGCACGUGGGGACCAACAGAAACCAGAUGCUCAUUUUCGUGCACUCGCGCAAGGAGACGGCCAAGACGGCCAAGUACAUUCGCGACAAGGCGCUUGAGAUGGACACUAUCAACCAGAUCCUUCGGCACGACGCAGGCAGCCGGGAGGUCCUUAACGAGGCCGCUUCACAGGCAACGGACAAGGACCUGAAGGACAUCCUGCCCUACGGUUUCGGUAUCCAUCACGCCGGAAUGAACCGUAUUGACAGGACGGAUGUUGAGGACUUGUUUGCGCGCGGCGCCAUUCAGGUCCUGGUAUGCACGGCCACUCUGGCCUGGGGUGUGAACCUGCCAGCGCACACUGUGAUCAUCAAGGGGACUCAAGUCUAUUCCCCGGAGAAGGGAUCCUGGGUAGAGCUGAGCCCGCAAGACGUCCUCCAGAUGCUGGGUCGUGCCGGUCGACCUCAAUUCGAUACCUACGGCGAGGGCAUCAUCAUCACCACGCAGAGCGAAAUCCAGUACUAUCUGUCGCUCAUGAAUCAGCAACUCCCCAUUGAAAGCCAGUUUGUCAGCAAGCUCGUCGACAACUUGAACGCCGAGAUCGUUCUCGGUAACGUUCGCUCGCGGGACGAGGGCGUCGAAUGGCUCGGCUACACCUACCUCUUCGUUCGAAUGCUUCGAUCUCCCGGCUUGUACCAAGUUGGCGCCGAAUACGAGAACGACGAUGCUCUCGAGCAGAAGCGUGUUGAUCUGAUCCAUUCCGCCGCCAUGGUGCUCAGGCAGUCGAGCCUGAUCAAGUAUGAUGAGAAGACUGGCAAGCUUCAGUCAACCGAACUCGGCCGGAUCGCCUCGCACUACUACAUCACGCACGGGUCAAUGAACACCUACAACACGCUGAUCGAACCGUCCAUCAGCAAUAUCGAACUCUUCCGCGUCUUUGCCCUGAGCGCCGAGUUCAAGUACAUUCCCGUGCGGCAGGACGAGAAGUUGGAGCUUGCGAAGCUGCUCGGAAGAGUUCCCAUACCAGUCAAGGAGAGCGUCGAGGAGCCCCAUGCCAAGAUCAACGUCCUGCUCCAGGCGUACAUCUCCCGACUCAGGCUCGAUGGCCUUGCCCUCAUGGCGGACAUGGUCUACGUCACCCAGAGUGCCGGACGUAUUCUCAGAGCCAUCUUCGAGAUUGCUCUGAAGAAGGGCUGGGCGUCUGUCGCCAAGACGGCCCUGGAUCUCUGCAAGAUGGCCGAGAAGAGGAUGUGGCCGACCAUGUCUCCCCUGCGCCAGUUCCCCUCCUGCCCCCGAGAGGUCAUCCAGAAGGCGGAGCGAAUUGACGUCUCGUGGCAAAACUACUUCGACUUGGACCCGCCUCGCAUGGGCGAGCUUCUGGGCAUGCCCAAAGCCGGCCGAAGUGUCUGCGGGUUCGUGGCCAAGUUUCCCCGUGUCGAGGUUCAGGCCCAGGUCCAGCCGAUGACGAGGUCGAUGAUCAGGAUGGAGCUCAGUAUCACCCCCAACUUUGAAUGGGAUGACAGCGUGCACGGCGCGGCUGAGAAUUUCUGGAUCAUCGUUGAGGACUGCGACGGCGAAGAGAUCUUGUACCACGACACGUUCCUCUUGCGAAAGGAGUAUGCCGAAGGAGAAGCGACCGAGCACAUUGUCGAUUUCACGGUCCCUAUCACCGACCCUAUGCCACCCAACUAUUUCGUGUCGGUCGUCUCCGACAGGUGGAUGCACUCAGAGACGAGACUCGCGGUUCCCUUCCACAAGCUCAUACUUCCGGAGAAGUUCCCGCCUCCCACGGAGCUCCUCGAGCUGCAGCCCCUCCCCGUGUCUACCCUCAAGGUUGCCAGCUAUGUCGACUUGUACCCUGGCUGGAAGCAGUUCAACCGGAUUCAGACGCAGACUUUCAACUCCCUGUACAAUGGUGACCAAAACGUCUUCGUCGGCGCCCCGACUGGCAGCGGCAAGACGGUCUGCGCCGAGUUUGCGCUGCUGCGCCACUGGACUCAAGGUGACGCCGGGCGAGCAGUAUAUAUUGCGCCGUUCCAGGAGCUUGUGGACGCAAGACUUCAAGAUUGGCAGAAGCGAUUGGCACACUUGAAUGGAGGCAAGGAAAUCGUGAAGCUCACGGGUGACACGGCCACGGAUCUCAAGAUCCUCGAGAACGGCGACCUGAUCCUGGCCACACCCACGCAAUGGGACGUGCUGUCGCGGCAGUGGAAGCGCCGGAAGAAUGUCCAGACGGUGCAGCUGUUCAUCGCGGACGACAUUCACCUGCUCGGUGGAGCCAUGGGAUACGUCUACGAGAUCAUUGUCUCUCGGAUGCAUUACAUCCGAACGCAGACCGAACUGCCCAUGAGAAUCGUCGCCCUGAGCGUCUCUCUGGCCAACGCAAGGGACAUCGGCGAGUGGAUUGACGCCAAGAAGCACGACAUCUACAACUUCAGCCCGCACGUCCGGCCCGUUCCUCUCGAGCUUCACGUGCAGUCCUUCUCCAACCCUCACUUCCCCUCGUUGAUGCUGUCGAUGGCCAAGCCUACGUAUCUGGCCAUCACCCAGAUGUCGUCCGACAAGCCAGCAAUGGUGUUUGUGCCCAGCCGAAAGCAGACCCGCGGCACCGCGAGGGACCUGUUGGCCGCCUGUGUUGCGGACGACGACGAGGACCGCUUUCUUCAUGCGGAGGUUGAGCAGAUGCGACCGCUACUCGAGCGGGUUCACGAGGAGGCUCUUGCCGAGGCGCUGUCUCACGGCAUUGGCUACUACCACGAGGCCCUCAGCCAGAGCGACAAGCGUAUUGUCAAGCACUUGUAUGACAACGGCGCCAUUCAGGUCCUGGUGGCGUCGAGAGACGUCUGCUGGGAGCUGACGAGCACUGCCCACCUCGUUGUUGUCAUGGGCACUCAGUACUUUGAGGGCCGCGAGCAUCGCUACGUCGACUACCCACUCAGCGAGGUGCUGCAGAUGUUUGGGAAGUCUCUGCGGCCGUCCAAGGCCGGCAGCUCUCGUGGCGUCCUCAUGGUUCCGCAGGUGAAGCGCGACUACUAUCGCAAGUUCCUGAACGAGGCCCUGCCGGUGGAAUCGCACCUACAUAACUACCUGCACGACGCCUUCGUCACCGAGAUCAGCACCAAGAUGAUCGAGUCGGGUGACGAUGCCAUCAACUGGACCACCUUCACCUACUUUUAUCGCCGACUGCUCGCGAACCCCAGCUACUAUAGCCUGACCAGCACGACGCACGAAGGCCUCAGCAACUACAUGUCGGACCUUGUGGAAACGACUCUGCGGGAGCUGGCCGAGUCCAAGAUCAUCGACUAUGACGAGGACGACGGCUCGGUCGCGCCGCAAAACGCCGCCAUGAUCGGUGCCUACUACAACAUCUCGUACAUCACGAUGCAGACGUUCCUGCUGUCGCUGAGCGCUCGCACGAAGCUCAAGGGCAUACUGGAGAUCGUGACGUCGGCAACCGAGUUCGAGUCGGUGCAGGUCCGCCGUCACGAGAGCAGCCUCCUCCGACGCAUCUACGACCGGGUGCCGGUGAAGAUGUCCCAGGUGGAGCACGACUCGCCUCACUUCAAGGCUUUCGUCCUGCUGCAGGCACACUUUUCGAGGAUGCAGCUUCCGAUCGACCUCGCCAAGGACCAAGAGGUGCUCCUGUCGCGGGUACUGAGCCUCCUCAGCGCCGUGGUGGACAUUCUCUCGUCCGACGGCCACCUCAACGCCAUGAACGCCAUGGAGCUGUCGCAGAUGGUGGUGCAGGCCAUGUGGGACCGGGACAGCCCUCUCAAGCAGAUUCCUCACUUCACGCCCGAGGUUAUCAAGGCGGCUGGGGAGUUUGGAAUCAAAGACAUUUACGAGUUCAUGGAGGCCAUGGACCCCGACGAGAACCCCGAUCACGGCAAGCUGGUGAAGCGGCUGGGCCUUACGCAGAGCCAGCUCGCGCAGGCUGCCAACUUUACCAACGACAAGUAUCCAGACCUGGAGCUGGAGCACGAGGUCGUGGACGACGACGAGAUCAGGGCCGGCGAGCCGGCAUACCUGAACAUCAAGAUCGGGCGCAACGCGGACGAGGACGAUGGCGACGUCGACACGACGGUGCACGCGCCGUUCUACCCGGCCAAGAAGAUGGAGAACUGGUGGCUCGUCGUGGGAGACCAGAAGACGCGCAACCUGCUGGCCAUCAAGCGCGUCACGAUCGGGCGGGAGCUCAAGGUGCGGCUCGAAUACACGGUGCCAACGGCUGGAGAGCACGCGCUCAAGCUGUACCUCAUGAGCGACAGCUACGUGGGCGUGGACCAGGAGCGCGAGUUUACGGUGACGGCAGCCGAGGGCAUGGACGUGGACGACGAGGACGACGAGGAAGACGAGGACGAGGAAUAG